UAAGUCACGGCCAAGGUAGUAGGCGGGACCUGGGCGGGGUUUUCACUUGUAGGCGUCGACCGCAGCUCUCCUUGAGGAAGCUCGCCCUGACGACUCAUAUUUUCCUCUAGAUGAGCAUCCACAUCCAAUAUAUCCAAUAUGGUGCCCUAUUCAUUUUCCGACUUACCCUAAUGGUCCAACGGCUUCGUACAAGAAAGGAUUGCCGAAAUUUGCCGGUUUUGUGACCGAUCAUCUUUAAAAUGGCAAGAUCGCCGGAGCAGCUUCAGUAAUGAGACCGAAAUUCAGAUUAACCCAGGCCUGAUAUACACGUCUUCAAGGAGGCCUGUCUACGUCCACAGCGCCAAUCCUGUGAGACCCCUGCAGCACCCUUCCACAUUCCCACAUCACUGCUUGACAUUUCUUGUCCCGGGCUCCUCCGUCAUGUCAAGCCCUAGCAGCAGCCCAGAGAGAGAGGGAGGGAUGUCAGGUUCUGUUCAACUGGAGGACCUCAACUCACCUCCCGGACUGGAAACUGACCCUCCUUUUGUUGGCAGCCCAGUGCUCAGUCCGGAUUCCAGUUCCCAUGAUGCUGCGCUCUCCGCCCCGGCAGCCUCCCCGGCUGACUCAGAGAACCUCAGCCCAGAUGAGCUCGAGCUUCUGGCUAAACUGGAGGAACAGAACAGGUUACUAGAAGCGGAUUCCAAAUCCAUGCGCUCAAUGAGUGGAUCUCGGAGGAAUAGUGGCUCCUCUCUGGUGUCGAGCUCAUCUGCGUCCUCUAAUCUGUCCCAUCUGGAAGAAGACACUUGGAUCCUGUGGGGACGCAUUGUCAACGAGUGGGAUGAAUGGAGGCGAAAGAAGGACAAACUUCUGAAGGAGCUUAUAAGGAAAGGCAUUCCUCAUCAUUUCCGAGCAAUCGUUUGGCAGUUGUUAUGUAAUGCCACUGACAUGCCAGUGAAGAAUCAGUACUCUGAACUCCUAAAGAUGUCCUCGCCCUGUGAAAAACUCAUACGCAGAGAUAUUGCCCGCACAUAUCCCGAACACGACUUCUUCAAAGGCCAGGACAGUUUGGGACAGGAAGUUCUGUUUAAUGUUAUGAAGGCAUAUUCUCUGGUGGAUCGUGAAGUUGGUUAUUGUCAGGGCAGUGCCUUCAUCGUAGGAUUGCUACUUAUGCAGAUGCCGGAGGAGGAGGCUUUUUGUGUGUUUGUCAGACUAAUGCAGGAGUACAGGCUUCGAGAAUUGUUUAAACCCAGCAUGGCUGAGCUGGGUCUGUGCAUCUACCAGUUUGAACACUUGCUACAGGAGCAGUUGCCAGAGCUGAACGUUCAUUUCCGUUCUCAGAGUUUCCAUACAUCUAUGUACGCCUCGUCCUGGUUCCUCACUCUCUUCCUCACCUUUCUGCCCCUGCCAAUAGCUACACGUAUCUUUGACAUCUUUAUGUAUGAGGGUUUGGAGAUCAUAUUCCGAGUUGGAAUAGCGAUAUUGCAGUACAACCAGACAGACCUCAUACAGCUAGAUAUGGAGGGAAUGUCACAGCACUUUCAGAAGGUGAUUCCACAUCAGUUUGAUAGUUGCCCAGAUAAACUUAUCCUACGGGCCUAUCAGGUCAAAUACAAUCCCAAGAGAAUGAAAAAAUUAGAAAAGGAAUACACCACCAUUAAGAACAAAGAGAUGGAAGAGCAGAUUGAGAUUAAGAGACUACGUACAGAAAAUAGGCUACUGAAGCAGAGGAUUGAGACACUGGAGAAAGAGAGUGCUGCAUUAGCAGACAGGUUGAUUCAGGGUCAGGUGACACGAGCCCAGGAGGCAGAGGAGAACUAUGUUAUUAAGCGUGAACUGGCUGUGGUUCGGCAGCAGUGUUAUACAGCCAGUGAGAGUCUGGAAAAGGCUCAGGACACCAUACGUGAACUUCAGCAACACAAGUAUACAGAAGAGUUUGUGAGUGGGCUGCAGACUCAGUUGGAACAGUCUCGUCUACAGGAGGCAGAGCUACUUGGUGCUCUGAAAGAAAUGCAGGACAAAGUGCUCGAUCUGGAGAAGAGGAACAGCUCUCUGCCUGAUGAAAUUAAUGUAGCUCAGCUGCAGGAGGAGCUAAAGCUGGUGAAACUGAGAGAGCAGGAGACUCUACGUUCCUUCAGAGAGAUGCAAGAGGCUGUUACUGAUCUCAACCAUUGCUGGCAGAAUCAUACGUCUCGUGGAGGAGGAGGAGGCCAUUGGAAAGAGUCUCCUAAGAAGAUUGCGUUGAAUGAGCUGCAGGAUAAAUUGAUGAGUUUGAGACUGCGAGAGGCUCAGGGUCAGGCUGAACUCAAAGAGGUCAAACUUAAAAACCUGCAGCUGGAGAGCCAGAACCAGAUCAACUGUAAACUAAUCACCAGAAAUGAGCAAGAGAGCGCCAGCCUGCAGGAGAGACUGCAGAAUGCUCUUUCUCACAACAAAACACUACAAAGCCAGCUCAACGAAAUGAAGAGAAAGCAGGCCGAGUCUGACUGCAAGAGCAAAGAAGAGGUGAUGGCAGUGCGUCUAAGAGAAGCUGACAGCAUGGCUGCUAUGGCUGAGCUCCGGCAAAAGAUAGCCGAGCUAGAAAUACAGAAAGAGGAAGGACUGAUCCAAGGUCAGCUGAAUCACUCGGACUCCAAACAGUAUAUAACUCAACUGAGGCAGCAGAUCGCCGAACUCAAAAAUGAGAUCAGGCAGCUGCGUGGACAGCCCUCCAAGUUCCAGAAUACCGGUGGUGGCGCUUAUCAGGACCUAUGUUUGGAAAGCCCAGCGUCUGCAGAAGGCGAUUACCUCAGUUCGGACGAGGACCCUCUUCAGAGCCACCUGCCUGUGACCGCCCUGUAUCCGCAUCACUCGUCACCUCGUCUGGACAGUCAGGGCAGUUCGGACAGCGACGGGGAGGAAAGGAACACCAUUCAAAACCCCUGCCAAGACCCUCUGCCUAACCAGCAGCAGCUUUACCAGGGCAUGGUGUGUGCUGAAGGACUUGAGAACUGAGAUUCCUUGAAAUUGUGGGAUAAGGAGAAUGGAAAACUUUAAAAAAGGACAAAAUUAGACUGCACAAAAUGCACACAUAUAUAGUGUGAGAGAGAGAUUAUGUACAUUCACCCAAAAUCUGUGGCAGGAAACUGGUGCAUAGAGCAACACUCUCAUAGAAUACAUCUCCCUCACUCUAGCUGUGUCCGAAAUCGGAAAAAACGCCACCUUUACUGGCAGUAUAUGAAAGUACGAGGACACCAAGACAUGUCCGAAUCCAAUGUUUGCCUUCCAUCUAUUCGACUUACAAUAUUGCCACAAUCCUGUGCAUUCGAAUUGGCGGUACAUGAUAAAAUGACAUGAUUAGAAAUACAAAAAUUGUUUCAAAAUGUUUUUGAAAACGUAAGAUUACAUUUCUACAUUGAAACUGCAUUGUAGUCACACAAGUAUUUCUUUGGUUUAUGUCUAAACUUCACUUGAAUUUGUUUUAGAUCAUUAGACGUGACGUUUGGUGUCUUGGAAGCUGGCCAGAAACUAGUUUCCUAAGGCGGUACGUUCAUACAAAUACAUGGCAGCUGUUUUCGGUUUCGGACACAGCCUCUGUGUCUCUCUCUCUCUCUCUCUUUCUCUUUGUCUUUUCUCUCUUUUACUGUCUUUUUGUUAGUGUGUCUGUUGCGCUACAUGUAAUUCGUAAAUGUAUUGUAUUCCCAGGACUGAAUUUGGAGUUCUGUGUAACAUAUACCAACACACACACAAACUGUUCUCCUCUCAGAGUGCCAAAAAAUGCGGUAAUUUUUGCCAUCUGAGACUACCUCUAAGGGUGCUUUCACAUUUUCCUGGUCCGAACCCGAGUUUGAUGCUCCCCCCUCCUUACGACGCAGGAGAAGGCCGCAAAAUGCUCAUUUUACCAUUAUAUUAUGGUUUUUGAAACUUUGGUUUUGUUUUCGAAGCAUCAGCACAUAACGACACUUGCGUCUAUCUAUCUGCUGCAAAUGUUCUAAAGAAUGUGGGAGCCUAUUUCUGCUGAAUGUUGAGAUAUGAAGAUAUACUUUUGCAGUGCAUCAGUCAUGCUUGUCAGGAAAGUGAGAAAGUUGCAUCCCAGUUUGCAUACUUGUGCACUAUUCUGUUGCGUUUUUCAACACUUUAACACUUUAACACUACGCUAUAACACUUUAACACUUAAUUUUAUCAUUAACUCUCCCUUUCGAAUCCCAGUCCAGUUUCAGUUAAACUUAAGUUAGUCUAAAUUAAAAGAAAUAAGUUCAUACAACUCAAAACAAUGAAACAGUUGGGUUAACUUGAAAUAUGUAAGUGCUGUGAACUCAAAAAAAGAAAGUGCUAAAUACUCAUAAAAGUUAAUUUAACUGAACUAAUUUGUUUAAUUUAAGUUUGUACUACUCAAACCAAUUAAGUAUUUUGAGCGUUAGGGUUUACAGUGUACACGGUUGAGUACGUAGUGCAUAGUGUAUAGUGCAUGGGUGGCGAAUGUCGGUCCUGGAGAGCCACAGUCCUGCAGAGUUUUGCUCCAACCCUAAUCAAACCCACCUGAACAAGCUAAUAAAGGUCUUAAGGGUUACAAGAAAGCUACAGACAGUUGAGUUUUUAUCAGGGUUGGAGCAGAACUCUGCAGGACAGUGGCUCUCCAGGACCGACGUUCGCCACCCCUGCUAUAGUGCAUCAUUUGGGACGCAACUACAGAUUUAUCAAAUCAUACGUCAUCAAUAGUUGUUCACUUCUGCGAUAUAGUACGAUAUCAGCAGCGAGCCAUACAGGAGUUAACAUGAACCUUACCCCAGACCUCCCCGUUUUUAAAAAAAGUGCUAGUGUGAAAGCACCCUGAUUUAACCAGACACGCACUCAAUCCCUUUGAGCAUACCAGUUUCACCAAUACAACAGCCAUCUGACUUUAAAUGAGGUCGCAGAGGAAGGGGAAAAGUAAACAGGAAUACAUACCUUCUGGUACACUAAAAGUUUGGAUCUGCAACAUCCAAUCAAAUCUUUGGCUUUGGAAAUCAUAGGAUUGUCACGCUCGGUUGGCACCUAAUGUAGGGACCAUCUCUCUCUUUGUCUACUGUUUCUUUAGAGGCUUGCAGCAGAAAUUGUGCCUCUCUCAGCCUGGACGUUCUUCGUUUUACUGUACUGUUCUUGUUUAUCUCAAACGCAACAGACACUACAAUCACUUUAAUGAAAGGUAAAGGCUGAAGGAGAAUAAGAAUGAACAAAGUCAUAUUAUAUAAUGUAAUAGGGAUGUUAAUAGUUACAUGCAUAGAUGAAUAUUACCGUAGCUCAUCCAUGUAUUUGUGUGUGUUUUAUACAAAACAAAGAAAGAUGAUCAAAAUUUUGAAUGGAAAAAAUCCAUUGCGAAAGAAAACUGUGUGUCAACAUUGCCAAAUGUUUUUUAUGUUAUUUAUAUGUUUAAUUAUUUUAUGUUUUGUUUUUUUGUUUUGUUUUUUAAAUAAUGUUAAUGUACAUGUACUUCAUGCAUACAGAGGCCAAACUAUUUAAUUCAUACUAUUCUUCUGUGCCAAUCCUGAAAACUACAGGGUCUCCAGAAAAGAGAUUAGUUUAAAAAAGGGUAAAGAAAAGAAAACAACUGCUGCUAUGACAUUUCUAGUUAUUAUUAUUAUUAUUAUUAUUAUUAUUAUUAUUAUUUAAUAUGUUCACAAGGAUAACCCCUCUCCCAUGUAUAGUAGAUCUAUAUGUCCAAGAUAUACUGUGAACUACUUACUGACUUGACGCUCAUCGGCAAUGAGUUGCCUAGACCUGUAUUCGAUUUUGAUUUUGCAAUUCCGCGUUGAACCACUUUAAGUCAGUUAUUGAUCCUGACUUUUAACUGUAAAUGUGAGAUUCUAGGUUUGUGCCGAUUCUAAAGCAACUUCCUGAAGCAUUUGUGAUGACUUGCUCAUGGUUGUGUUGUUGAAGACAGUCUUUUUGAAUUGUAGAGCUACGGCUUGCUUGCAUUUGAUUGAACUACCGAAGGUUUACAAACAAACGUAACUACUAAACUAAAAGACAGUUGAUACAAAAUAAUGUUCGAUUUUGUAUAUAUACGUAUAUUAUACACUUAAUAACACUUGUCCUCCUUUUAAUCAAGUUUGGUCACUUUAAUUAUUCUACCCGCUAUUUCGUAACCAGACUUCCAUCUGCCUCAGUACUGUCUUCAUUGUCGUGUUUGUCUGACCACACAUGGUACAUCAGUGUCAUUGCCCUUCCCCACUACUGCCUCAUUUUGCUAAAGCUCAGCGAUCGUUGCAUUUAUCAGACAUUUUAGGUGUUUACAUUACUUACUGAGAGCGAAACAUUUCCGUCCCUUUGCUCAGACGAGACAUUUGCACCGUUUACUGGUUAUUGACAAAAACCAGUGAGAAGCUGCUUUCAGUUAUAUCUCUGACACUAUGAUGCAUUACAAGACAUUGAAAAAAGCAUUUACAGUAUGUGCUGAAUAUGAAAUGGAAAGCCGUUUAAGUGUGUUCAUAAAGUAUAUCUCCUUUUGAGUUGUUGUCAGCUCUAGAUAAUCUGGGGUUGCUGUUUUAAUGUACCACAGUGUUGUAUUGACUGAAAUUUGUCUUCUGUUGUCUGCAAAAUGGUGAAUGAAUGGUUAGUUUGGAAUUGAUUGUGUGGAGUGGCUAUUUUCCUUUCAUCGAACCCGUUGUAACCCUUUUACUUAUAAAAUAUCUUAUGUACAUCAUCCAGUAAUACUAUUUUAUGCAUAUGUACUUUUUAUUUUUUUUCAUUUUGGAGUACAAAUGAAAACUAAACACCUCUAGCAUCAGCUCUGCUAGGUUUUUACUCUGAUUUAGAGUAACAUCCUGUUCCCCAAUGACCUCUGUAACAUUUAAAAGCAUCCACAAAACCGGUUUCAGAACUGUAAUGUUUAUGAAGUGUUCUUUACAAGAAAAGCAGCAAGUAAAGGAAGUUGCUGUGCACCUUUCAUUUCUUGGUGGUCUUCAAAGUGAAAACUCAGAGGGUCCCAGUAGUUAAAGAACUUUUUCAAGCACUCAUUUUACCAACAUUUGUUCUGGUUUGGGACUGUUGGAUUUCAAAUAUUCGAAGGAAACUGUCCUCACAACUUGAUUACAACACACAACGGUUUUGUGGUGUGAGUUUAGCUUCUGAAGAAUAUUUGCUAAUAGGAAAUCAGAAAUGGCUGUUUUGAAAUGAACUUGAGAGAAUGAGAGUUUGGUAAUCGUUGUUGUUAAUUGAGUUGAUUUUGUUUAAAACAAGUCAUUUUUACAGUAUUUGAAAGGCUUUGUACAGAUAAUUUAUUGUAACCUGACCAGCAAUGUACCAUUUUUAGUUUGUCAAGGGGUGUCUGAAAUGGUCAAACACAUUUCAGUCUCGAAUUUCAACCUUUUUCAGAAUGGCUGAAUUGCUUUGUGAUCAGAAGAAGAAAAAACGAUGAAUGAAAAUGUGUUGUUGCGUCCGUUUUCUUUGCAUAAAGUCUUUCACAUAUCUCUAUAUCAGUGUUUCGGUUGAAGCUGAAUACUUUUGUUAUCAGAGAUGUUUGUGUAGCAUCUCUCGCCUUUUGUUUUUAAGGUUGUUGUGUCAACAGUUUUCAUAAUGAAACCCUGAUUUGUUUCCUAACUACAACAAAAAUGCAUAAAUGUAGGCUUUUAUGCAUGGGUUUGAAGAAAACAGCUGUUCAAAAGAACAUUUCUCAUGUAUCGUUUCACGCCUCCUAUAUCAGGAUAUGUUUUAAGUUGUAGUAUACUAAAUCAUUCCAACAAGACCUGUUUCUUUUUGUCUGCCUUUUUUUAAGAUGAGAAGUGUGGAGUACACUGCCUUAUUUAUUUUUAUUUAUUUGAUUUUAUUUUUUGUAUAUAGCGCAUGUAAUGUCUUCAAAGUGUUACAAGCAUACAGAAAAUAUGCAUACUACGCACUGUAUGUAUUGAAAUUUCUUUCAAAUGUAGUAUGACUGUGGUAUCAAAACAGCAACCCCAAAAGCAGAGGUCAAGAUUUCCAACACAUCACAUUAUGCUUUCAGGUGUAGCCAUAUUAAAUAAAUGGCCAGCGAGGGCAUGAGGUCAUGAAGCAGAGGCUGAUGUGACAUCAUCUCCUCUAUAGUGCUCCAAUAGCUGCCUUACCUCCUUUCACCAGUCUGUAAAUGUCCAGUAGUCUCCCUGUUACACCUGUCAGUUUACAUCCUCUCUCUCCUACAAUUUUACUGAUGUGUUAUUAAGAAUGACAGUACUAAAGAUUAUAUAAAUGGCAAUGUUAUCAAAUGAUGAUCCAGUGUUCUGUAUUUGAUGAUAAAUAAAAUGUAUUUAAAAAGAAGAAUAAACAUUUACAUUCGCAAAGUUCAAA